UAAAGGUCGGAGAAAGAGCAGAAGGACACAAAAGAGAUAGGGGAGCGAAGUGUUGAAUUCGAAGCGACGAGAAAGUACUCUUGAAAUAUGACUAUGCGACUGUCCAGUGUCCGCACAACCGCAGGACCACGUCCGCAACGACGGCCGCUGCUAUCAGCCGUGUCUCGACACUUCUCCGGAUCAUGUGUCGCACAUGGGGGUUCUCAAAGUCGACAUCAGGAUACUGGUCAUGAUGAAAACAACGAGAGUAGCAUCUUCGAGAACAUUCCGGAGGGGGCUCGCGAUAUCGUUCGCAUUACGCGGCCUGCGCCUUCAUCAGUAUCAUCGUCGUUUCUCGCCGGUGGUCGGGAACCUUCACCUUCAAGAUCAUCGUACAGGGACGACUAUGCCGCUGGAGGGAAGGUCGAAGAUCAAGAUGGACAUGUUUUUACAACGAGAACAACUUUCAAUUCCGAGUUGGUAGCAGAAGUAGAUGCAUCGACUUCGUCGCCAAGGUGUGCUUCUUCCCCAUUCGCGCCCAUCAGUGGCACAUCACGGGCGACAUCCUCGACUAAUAAUUGUAUGGGAAGUCGUUACCUGUCUUCAGAUGAACAGAACACCACCGGAGCGGGUCUACUUGUGCCGCAACCAGUAUCCUACAGCACGAUGGGCAGCGUUCCCUGGCUAGGCCACAGGCCGUUGCCGUUUCUACUGGAGAGGCUCAGCCGCGAAGGACCGUUCGACGAAGUGAGUUGGGGAAAAGUGAUGAAUCGCGCUCAUAUGAUUGCACACUCGUUCACCCCGCGGGAUGUCUUGCUCCUCUGCAGUGUUCUGCUCCCAAACAGCAGCUGGAUGGCAGACAUAAUGUCGCAGGGAAGCAGGGCGAGAGGGAAGAAAAAUCCUAGGCGGCGCGCUGGCACGAACUAUACAGGCGACGUCGUAAGUGCAGCAUCGAUGCUGGAGGAAUCGGGCCGUGGUCGUGUUGGAGAGCCGCAGACGGAGAUAGAUGCUAGGUUUGAAAACAGAUCACUGUCAAUAGCGACCCGCGUGGUGGAACGCGCUUUUGUAGCUAAGAAUUCCGAUUCUUCUACGCUGGAUCGUCAGUAUGUUGAGGAUAUGGCUAGACGACUCAGUGCGCGCUUGGACAAAGUCGCCCGACCAGAAACGCGCACACAGAAACUACGGCAACUAUCCGACUCCCUGUUAGACAAAGUGCUGGUUGAGCACGUUUUGAAUGAUGUCCUUCCGCGAGACUUUCUCGCAGGGCGAGCACUUAGUUCGACAUACUAUGUGCCGUCCUCCUCCGCGAUGCGGAUCGAUGAGGGCUUAGAGCGUGUGCGCAUGCUCGAUGCACAAAGAAGGCGCAUGAAAGAUUUGGUCGGCCUCGUCGAAUUUUUCGAGGUAUUUGAAUUCUUACAGAGGCAACGGAUUCAGAAAAGCGAUGGGGAAAACGGAAGUCGUGACACGUCUCCCAAAAAGCCUGGAAAGUCCACAGCACGCUCUGAAAAGGGAACUACGGUCACUGAUCAUCCUUUGAGUCUGCCCAUCAUGUCAUCAGCAACACAGAAGGAUUUCAAAGCUUGUUUGAGGAAGGCUGUGGUAGUUCAUGGCGCCAGCUUCGACGCGACGGCUCGUGCAUUCUUGCUUCGACCCGGCGGCUUGGUUAUGCCCCGCUCGCUGUGGGCGACUAGUGAGACAAAUGAUGUUGUAGAUACUCACGAAGACAAGAAACCUGAUGAAGAAAAGGAAUGCUGUUGGCUAAAAAAUACAACAUCAGUAAAAAAUACAACAUCAGUAAAGCCAUCACAAAGGAAGCAGCUGCUAGAUGCGCGUGUCUAUCAGCUUUUUGCAUCCCUUUUUUGCGCGCACAGUAGACCUUUGGUAGGAGAGGACUUGGCAACCCUUUUGGAGAGACUGGCGAACUUCGUGGAAGCAUGUAAAAAUCAUGACGUUCCGACAACUGCAGCACAUGCGGUAUCUUGCUCAAGAAUUUCCGGGAGUGAUCCAAAAAUGGGAAAGGCUACUUCUGGCUCUUCUACAACAAGGCUGGAAAACAUUGAGAUUUCUUUUGGUCUGGAACGUUGUGUGCUCCAGUGUCUUGCGCGACUCCGAAACUUACUCGGAAGACGCACUGAUUGGGCUGAAGAGAUUGGCGAUUUAGAUUUGCGUGUUUUAGCAAAGUGUAUAAACGCUGGAGGACGUAUUGUCGAGGCCGCCCGUGUGCGACCGAUGCCUCUUGUCGAAAAAGAACUCGAUAGGGACUGGCAGCCGGUCUUACUCAAAGCAAUGACAUUUGCAGCGUAUUCUACUGACGACAGGGAUAUAGUACCUUUAGCUACACAACAAAUGAAAAAAUUCAGCGACCGACCAUCCUCCGAUGGAAGUAUAUUAGAAUUUCCAUCAAGCGAAAAUUUAGAGUUGCAGCAGGCCCGAGAAAUUGAAAUACAAGGACCUGAAGAUUACAGGCUAGAACACGAGGUAAAUAAUGACGUGACAAGGAAUAGUGCGGAUGAACUGGCUUUAUCAAAAGAGUGUCCUUCUCGUGAGGAUUUUAACGAUGGAAAGCGUCAAGCCUUAUCUACCAAGAGCCUCGCAACUCUCUUUCGUGGUGUCGCAUCUUUUUUGGGAACGGAUAAACAAGGGUCGUCGGCAUCCUUUUCGUCUACCUCCUCGAGGAGUUCUUCUGGUAAGGAGCAUGAUGAUAAUCAGUAUCCACUUGCCGACACGCUGAAGACGAAACGAACCCUGCUCCGGCUUUUGCAAAACGCUAAAUUGCGGUACCAAAGAAGCCAGCUUUUAGUAAUUUGGGAAGGUGUAGCAUCCCUAGAGCUGGGCCCCCUACCAGACAAAAUACCCGCGGAUGAAAAAGCUAUUGCGGCUAUAUUGCAAGACCUCUAACUCCUCAUGGCUCAUGCUGUCUGCUAGUGUAGGUACGAGACAGCCGCACGACCAACUAAGUAUCUUCGCCAUGUCGAUAAUUUGCUGCCUCUGCAACUGCAGAUAUUUCGACAUGGCUGCUCUUCAAAG